AUGAUACCCUCAUUGCCUGCAAAAAUUCUCAUAGGGAUUUCUUUGGAUGCCGAUGAGAGUAAGGAGCUUCUCGGUCGGGCUAUCCAAGUCCUUGCGCAGCCAGGGGACACUAUCGUGGCCUUACAUGUAAUCGAUAAAACAGGGGGGAUGCCAAAUAAGAAAACGAGAAGAGAGGAGAAGUACGUGAAGAAGCGAAAGCAUCAAAAACAAUUUCGGCAGGCCAAAUCAUUUGUUAUAUCGAUCGUGGGGGACCUUGUCAACACAUGUCAAGCUAACGAGGUGUAUUUGGAGGCUAGAGUUGGAUUAAGCUCGAGUACAGGUAAAGGGCUGAUAGAGGAAGCGAAAAUAACGAGGGCGAAUUAUCUCGUGAUUGGCAGCAAUGGAAACAAAUCGCCAAACAGGUCAGAAAGAAACUCGUUCAUAACGAAUUUGUGGAAGAAAAUAUCGAGAAUUGCAUUGACACUUUUGCCAAAUAGAGCGCCGACCGAAAUCUCGAGUUACUGCUGUAAGAAUGUCCCUGACGGUUGCUCAUUCGUCCUCGUCCCAAGAAAUGAAACUCUAGCACAACAUCUUCAAGCAAACUCCAUUAAUGAAUUCGAUGUGGAAGCCCGAUGUAGAUUGUGGUCCGAAAACUCGAUUUCGUCAGAGGAAAACGAGACAAUACUAGAAAUGAAGUCAAAAAAACCAUCACCAAGAUCAGUGUAUGAUUUUCAAGCGGACGAUGACUAUGAAAAAUGCUCUAAUAAUUCGGACGAAACAAUAAGCAGCGGCUCAAACGCUCGUUCGAUGUCCACAGCAUCGAAAGGGAAGCAACAAGAAUCGAGUAACAAGCCCAAGUCGACAUUCAAGUCCAUUUCAAGUCUUUUUCGGUUUUCGCACGAUUUGAGGAUGAGAAAGCAAAACCGUGACGACGCCUCCUCGUUUGGAAACCAAAAGCAGGGGCCUCUGCUCAGGUGUUUUACUUAUCAAGAAAUCGCGAGUGCUACAAACGAUUUCGACAUCGAUAAUAUGGUGGGACAAGGAGGGUAUUCAGAGGUUUAUAGAGGGGAAGUUGAGAAUGCAUGCAGCAUAGCAGUGAAGCGUUUGGCUAAGGACAGUAACAAUAGUUCAAAAAAGGAAAGAGAAUUUCUUAAUGAGUUGGGUGUGAUUGGGCAAGUGAACCAUCCUAACACUGCAAAAUUGGUGGGCUAUUGCAUAGAAAAUGGGCUCUAUCUCAUUUUCGAAUUCUAUCCCAAUGGAACCCUUGCAUCUGCGCUGCACGGUGAAACAAGCAAGACCCUUGAUUGGGCAGUAAGAUACAAAAUAAUAAUGGGGAUUGCAAAGGGUCUACAUUAUCUUCACAAAUGCUGCAAGCAUAGAAUAAUCCAUCGUGAUAUUAAAGCCUCUAAUGUUCUUCUUGGCCCAGAUUACGAACCACAGAUAUCUGAUUUUGGUCUUGCCAAAUGGCUGCCUAACAAAUGGAGUCACCAUUUGGGUAUUCCAAUUGAGGGCACGUUUGGUUAUUUGGCUCCCGAAUAUUUCAUGCACGGGAUUGUGGAUGAGAAAAUUGAUGUUUUUGCCUUUGGGAUUCUUGUUUUAGAGAUUGUGACGGGCCGGAGGCCCGUCGACUCGGCCCGACAAAAUCUACUUCUUUGGGCGAGGCCUUUAAUGGAAUCUGGGAAUUUAAGGGAGUUAGUUGAUCCAAAAUUGAAAGGCAAAUAUGAGAUGGAUCAAUUGUUUAAAGUAGCCCUAACGGCGUCGUAUUGUGUAAGGCAAUCUUCGUUGUACCGACCAUCGAUGACUGAGGUGAUAGAGCUGCUAAAAUAUGGUGAAGAUUCAGAGGUAGGUUGGAGAAUACCAAAAUUCACAAGUGAUGAGAUGGAUGACUACUCUAUGAUAUUUGGAUAUCAACUUCCAUCUGAUUUAUCUAUAGAGGAUAUUUGA